UCUGCCAGCAGGCAGCAAACAUGUUGGCCGUCCUCUCGUUGCUGCUUCUGUCAUUUUGCGGCUCCGUUCGCGGCGUUUUCCAGCAGCUUUACUGCACUUUGUCGGACAGCUGUGACUGCGACUUCAGGCCCAACAUCAGAGGGUUGGAGUGGGACCUUUACAAGAAUGUCUUUGGUCAACAUCUGGCUCAGGACGUUGUCUCGGAGGAGGUGGCCCGCUUCCUGGCCAAUAAGAGCCCCGACAGGCCCCUGGUGCUGUCCUUCCACGGAUCCUCCGGGACGGGAAAGACGCUGGUCAGCUCAAUGCUGGCAAACCAUCUGUACGGCUCGGCCAUGAGCAGCCCGUACGUCCACCAGUUCGUCCCCACGCUGCACUUCCCCUCGCCCCACCUGGUCCACGAGUACAGGGAGGAGCUGAAGUCCUGGGUGCAGGGGAACCUGACUGAAUGCGCUCGCUCCGUCUUCAUUUUCGAUGAGAUGGAGAAGAUGCCGCCCGGCGUCAUCGACGUGCUGGAGCCGUUCCUCGGACCCGCCCACGUCGUAUUUCGCACCAACUACCGCAAGGCCAUCUAUGUCUUCAUCAGCACCACCGGACAGGAGCUGAUCAAGGAGGUGACUCUGCAGAACCGACUGGCCGGACGAGAGCGCGAGGACAUCAAACUGUCCGCCCUGCAGGACCGACUCGCCCAGGCAGUUUACAACGACAGCACCAGCGGGUUCUUCCAGUCCAGCAUCGUGCAGCAGAGGCUGGUGACGGUGUUGGUGCCCUUCCUGCCGCUGAGCCGCUGCCACGUGGAGCGCUGCGUUCACUCCCUGCUCUGCCAGACGGGCAGCUGCCAGCGCAGCGACGUGGUGGAGGCAGUAGGGGGCGAUAUGACCUACGCUCCUGCUCAGGGCCAGUACUUCUCCACCACCGGCUGCAAGGCCGUUGCUGCAAAGGUCAACUUCUUCCUGUGAGCGCCAGCCUGCAGAGGAGGAGCCACCGAGACAAUCGGGACGGCCCCGGGAAUCGAACCGGGACGCUCUGGUGAGGGCUAUCCUGGACAGGAUCUUCAGAGAGACUGCAGCAGUCCGUGUUCAUCGGCUGCUAAAAGCGUCUGUAAUGUCAUGGAGGUGGUUCUGUUAGCGGGCUAACAGCAGUGGGACACCUGGACACACACCUCAGUGAGGAUGAAUCCAACGAGCUCCACCUCACACUUUACCGUCAUCGCUUCCUUUUUCCUGCUCACCGGGAACGGUAGUUAUUUAUUGUGGAAUCAUCAUAAUAAGCAUGUGACUGGCUGGUUCUGCUCUUCACAGGCAGAGUCCAUGAGUCCUGAUGAGAACUUCUCUGGUUCCUGUAGAGCAGAGGUCUGCAGCUCGGAGCUCCUGCCAAAUAAUUUAUCUUUUUAUUUACAUACCAGACUCAUUCUCAAUAGGAAUUUGAUGUCUUGGAUUAAAAUCUCUAAGAGAAAAUGCUGAAAUGCCUAAAAUUUCUGAAAAUGGAAAGAAACAAACGAGCAAAGCUGCUUAAAAAGGUGAAGUGUCCUUCCUUCCUGAGGCCAUAAGACUUUAUACCUCCUCCCUGUUAACAGGGUCUGCUGUGCUUUGGUCCAUGUCUUUCUGUGCUCAAAUUCAGCCUUUUACAUCCUGUUUUAAAUUACUUGUUUCGUUUUUGUCCUGUUUUAUGUUGUAUUCCUUCUAUUUGAGGCAGUGCUUGAAGGAAUUUCCCUUUGGGUUUAAUGAAGUGUUCUAUUCCAAAAUGCCAAAAUUGUUCAAAUUUUGGAACAGAAGGGUGAAACUGCUAAAAUCAGACAGAUAAACAGCUGAAAAGGUAAUGAAAUGUUUACCAUCCUGAAUCUUCUUAAUUGCAGCAUAAGGUUUUUUUUACGGGUUUCAGAUCUGUAUAAGUCAAACUGUAGAAGCUGUGUUAGCUUCAUUUUAGAGGUUUAGCAUGUUUUGCGGCUCCAGAUACGGUAAAUUUGAUUUGGUGGGAAAAAAAAAAUCAUAAAAACGUCUGUUUUGAUCAUAAAGGUUACAGACCUCUGGAAUCGCUAAUGAUUUUUACUUGAUGAUGGAAAACCAGUCAGUUUUUACUUCGUCACUGCGAUCAAGAGUGUCUGACAGGCCUCCCAGUGGAGGGAGACUGGGUCAGUCCACUAGUGCUGCUGUAGCAGGAUCCAGGCAGGAGGGGGCAGCAGAGGGCAGCAGCCAGUGAGCAGGGCUCAGAGUUUACAGAUGGAACAGGUUUCCCUGGUGUUCAGUGGACUAAAGGUCUCCUCAGAGCUCCAGACUGGGGGCCGUGGCGAAUCCACCUGGACGGGGUUUUCUGAUCCACUCGACAAGCAAACAGCAGCCGGCAGUCGUUCUGCUGUGUAUAUAUAUAAGCUUUUAGUGUGGUUUCUUUGUUUUUACUAUGGAAUGUUUUUGUUUUAAAUGUUCAGAAACACUCAAAGUGCACUUUAAUGAAUGUGAUGCAUUCACUGUCAGUGUUCAGCGUUGGAGAAAUGGAAGUCUGUCUUGUGUCAUGUUUGUUAAAUCCUCUGUAAACUGAAGGCAUUUCUAUAAAAGAGUUUCUCUUUCUGAAAUCA